AAAGCAGUGCGCAAGCUACAAGAAGCAAAGACGCACGAAGGCAAGAUGGACUACGGCAAAGACAUGUAGCUCCUUUGCAUUUUGUCGCGUCCCGCUGCUUGCGUGCGCGGAUGGUGAAGAGGGCAAAGGCAGCGCCUGAGAUCAAGCAGGUCUUGCCGCUCUGGCCAGAUGUGAAGCUUCCUUUUGAGCGAGAGCUGCAGCUCGACACGUUGCUCGAGGAUCAGAUCAUCGUCCUGCCUGGCUUUUUCUCCAAAGCGUUGUGCUCAUCCUUUGUCCAAUUCGUCUCGACCCUCAAGCUCGAGCACAGUCCAGCAGCCAGACGUGGCGAAGCUCAUCGCACGAACGAUCGCUACGGUAUCAAUGAUCCCGCAUUUGCCGGACGACUAUGGCGCGAGACUGGCUUAGCCAGGGCACUCGAGGAUUAUCCAAGCCUGAGCGAUAAGGCGGCCAGAGCGAGUGGUCUCAACCCGAACAUACGGGUGUAUCGCUACGAGCCAGGACAGUGCUUCAAUCCUCACUAUGACGAAAGCGUGAGGGACAGUGCCGGUCGUCGGUCGGAAUGGACACUGUUGAUCUAUCUGACCGGCGAGCAAGAUGGCGUCCAGGGCGGGGAGACCGCUUUCUACGACGGCGAGAGCUUUGGCGGCUUACAACGAGCUGGCAGGGAUAUCGUCGUGUCGCUCGAUCGGGGUGCUGCGCUACUGCAUCGACAUGGCGCCGAAUGUCUGCUUCACGAAGGGAGGCCUGUUCUCAAAGGGGUCAAGUGGGUCCUCAGAAGCGAUGUCAUGUUCUCGAGAUGAGCGACACGGUUUCUGGCGUCCAAGCAUGCAAUGCUAGCUCGUCUUCAGACUCGCUCGUCUGGGCGGCGGCCGAUCAUCUAGAUCGCGAAAGUACAAGCCGGCGAGCAGCGCGAGAUGGCU